AUGAGUAGUUCAGAGGAAGUGUCAUGGAUCACAUGGUUUUGCGGCCUACGAGGAAAUGAGUUCUUUUGUGAGGUAGACGAGGAAUAUAUCCAAGAUAAGUUUAAUUUAACUGGUCUCAAUGAGCAAGUUCCACACUACCGGCAAGCACUUGAUAUGAUUUUGGAUUUAGAACCAGAUGACGACUUUGAAGACAAUCCGAACCAGUCAGAUUUAGUUGAGCAAGCUGCUGAAAUGCUUUAUGGAUUAAUUCAUGCUCGCUAUAUUCUUACAAAUCGCGGAAUCCAGCAAAUGAUUGACAAGUGGCAUGAUCAUGACUUUGGCGUAUGUCCUCGUGUUUAUUGCGAGAAUCAACCAAUGCUACCAAUAGGUCUUUCGGAUGUACCUGGCGAAUCAAUGGUUAAACUCUACUGUCCUCGUUGUUGCGACGUUUAUGUGCCAAAGUCAUCAAAGCAUCAGAAUACUGAUGGUUCUUAUUUUGGUACAGGAUUUCCUCACAUGCUUUUCUUUGUGCAUCCGGAAGAGAGACCAAAGCGACCCGCAACAAGUUUCGUUCCACGAUUGUAUGGUUUCAAAAUACACCCUACUGCGUACACUUUACAGUACCAGCAAAGCCAGUGCAAUGUGAUGUCGACAAUUUCGCAGUGUUAUGUGUGGUCUUCACGAAGUAGAACUGAGUGA